UUCUUCUCAGCGGUUUGCAUUGUAAUGGAACCCUUUCCUUUGGUAAAUCGUUGUACAUGAUUCACUCACAAAAAUAGAAACUGAGCGAAUGAAUCAAUGGCUGCUACUAUAAGCUGAAAAAGGGCACUUUGGCCUCUAAAUGGAUCAGACAAAACCAACGAAAGAAGGAUAUCUGAAAAAGUACAGGAAUGUGUUCACUGGAUGGGCCAAAAGGUUUUUCAAGCUGGAAAGAAGCUAUCUGCAUUACUUCGAAUCCCCACAUGCCCCCCAACCUGUUGGCAGUAUAACAAGAGGUGAUAUUGCAGAUGUGAAAGUUUCCUCACAAUACCCAGGAAAAGAGAAUGUUUUUGAGCUCUACACCAGAUCAGGUCAAGUCUGGUACCUGCAAGCAAAUUCUUAUGAUGACAUGGUGGACUGGAUGCAAGCUUUGUUGCCUCAAAAGUACUUCCCAAGGUUUCAGAAUCAGGCAUCACCUAGUCAAAGCCCACAUGCUUCUCCAUCACUAGCCAAUCAGGAACAAGCAGCCCAUUCUCACCUCAACCAACAAUGGCCGAGUCCCCAGGGGCCUGAGCACCACCCAGUGUGGCAAGGAGCACAGGGAACAUAUCUACCACCACAGCAAGGCACCCCUCCUAUGCAAGGCCCUUAUGGGCCCCAAGUAUUUGAUCCAAGGAUAUUUGCUCCUGGUGGACCCUUGUAUGAUCCAAGAGUUCACGGUGGGUUACCAUAUUCCCCUCCACCACCCUACAGUGAAGCUGGCCAAGCCGAGCCUCUUCCAAGUAAAACUAAUGAAUAGGUAGACUUUUUUACAAUAUGUUAAGUAAAAUAGUAACAGCAUUAUAAAUGCUCUAAAAACACCAGGGGCAUUUAUAUUAUUUUAGAUUUAUAUUACCGGAAUUCCUUAGAGCUGGUAGGGUGGGGAGGGGGAAGGGCAAGCUUAGCUUAGGGCUGAAUUUAUUAAACAGGGUGUGUUUAUUAGAUCAUUUACCUCUCUUCUAACAAAAGACUUUCUUUAGGGAUGUUAUAAAUUCGCCUUAUUUCGAAUGCAUGUGCUCAAAGCUUAGUCCUCUCUUAGCUAAAAAGGAAUGCAUUUUCAGAGACUCUUUUUUCUGUCUUUUUGUAUAAAUAACCCAAGGAUCACAAGGAAGGGGGGGGGGGGGGGGGGUAAAAAACCCUGCUUGGCAGUCUUAAACUUAUGGCCUUGCAACUUGAGGUGAGUGGGUAGAAUGUCAUAUUUACCUGCUUGGGCUAAUGAAUGCUACAGUGCAUUCAAGGCACCUAAGAAAGGAACAGAUAACGGUACAUUGUAAUGUUAUAUGCCGGGUAAAAUAAAUGUUCCUUUCGAUUCCAUAUAACCUGUGCUUUGGCUUUAGGAUGUUAUCGUUUGCAUACCUAUUGGUAGGUAAUAUUGAUUUGUUUUCUAAUAAAUAUAAAAAAUAAA